AAUACUCCCAGAACCGAGUCCACCCACUCCGGACUUUGGCUUUAUCUGUAGCUAGUGUGGGAGUCUGGGAAGACUGGGAGCAAAGCCUCUCAAACAAAAGCAAAAAAAGAAGCUUCAGGUGUUCUAGUACCUGCCAGCUUUCCCCAGAGGAGCCUAGGCUGCCACCUGCAGGUCACUUGGGCUCCAGUCAUGUGGCUACUUCUGCUGCUGGGUGCCUUGCUCUGGGCAGUGCUGUGGUUGCUCAGGGACCGGCAGAGCCUGCCCACCCGUGAUGCCUUCGUCUUCAUCACCGGCUGUGACUCAGGCUUUGGACGCCUUCUGGCACUGCGACUGGACCAAAAGGGUUUUCGAGUCCUGGCCAGCUGCCUGACCCCCUCAGGGGCAGAGGACCUACAGCAGUUGGCCUCCUCCCGCCUCCACACCACCCUGCUGGAUGUCACUGAUCCCCAGAGUGUCCAGCAGGCAGCCAAGUGGGUGGAGACACAUGUUAGGGAAGCAGGGCUUUUUGGUCUGGUGAAUAAUGCUGGUGUGGCUGGUGUCAUCGGACCCACACCAUGGCUGACACGGGAUGAUUUCCAUCGGGUGCUGAAUGUGAACACGUUGGGUCCCAUCGGGGUCACCCUUGCCCUGCUGCCCCUGCUGCAGCAGGCCCGGGGCCGGGUGAUCAAUAUCACCAGUGUUCUGGGUCGCCUGGCAGCCAAUGGCGGGGGCUACUGUGUCUCCAAGUUUGGCCUGGAGGCUUUCUCUGACAGCCUGAGGCGGGAUGUGGCUCCUUUUGGGAUACAAGUCUCCAUCGUGGAGCCUGGCUUCUUCCGAACCCCCGUGACCAACCUGGAGGGUAUGGAGAACGCCCUGCAGGCCUGCUGGACACGGCUACCUCCAGACACACGGGCCCACUAUGGGGAGGACUUCCUCACCAAGUACCUGAAAGUGCAGCGGCGCAUCAUGAAUCUGAUCUGUGACCCGGACCUAACCAAGGUGAGCAGGUGCCUGGAGCAUGCCCUUACAGCUCGUCAUCCCCGAACCCGCUACAGCCCAGGUUGGGACGCCAAGCUGCUCUGGCUGCCUGCUUCCUACCUGCCAGCCAGCCUGGUGGAUGCUGUGCUCACCUGGGUCCUUCCUAAGCAUGCCCAGGCAGUCUACUGAAUCCACCCUUCUAGCAAGAGAUUGUUUUUCAAGGUUGUUAUUUCUGUCCUUGCCCGGUAGUGCCUGGUGCCUGACACAAAAUAGGCACUCAAUAAAUGUAUAUUGUUUAAAAAAAAAAAACAGGUGGGCAGAAAUGAAAGUGCCGAGUGG